AUGGCAUCUGGGUUACCAUCAGAUAUUCUCACCGAGAUUUUCGAAAAUCUGGAGGAUGAAAAUGUGACGUUGUUUAGUUGUCUCCUGGUAAAGCGUUCUUGGUGCGAGGCUAUCGUGCCCAUCUUGUGGAGAAACCCAUUGAAAGAUGUGUACGAAAAAAACAAGAAUGAACUACCCAUUAUGGUACAGUGUGGAUAUAAUCAAAUUCUAUGCAUCAAGAAAAACUUGAUCUAUCUUCUUAGAACUUUAUUGUUAUGCCUCUCCAACGAGUCAAAAGAUCUUUUGUCCAAAAGUGGAUACGAGUUGUCAAAUGAUGUCCUUCGACGACCGCGAUAUGAUUACGCAAGCUAUUGUCGAUAUAUAAGCACCGCGGACAUUUCCAUGCUUAUUUGGAAUGGCAUGAACCAAAAAUAUGCGUGUGACCCGUUCUUCAAUUACAUGAUGUUUCUUGUUACGCAAGAGAUUUAUAAAUUGUUUCUGGAAAAGAGCACCAAAAUUUUCCAACUUUCGCUUAUGUCUGGAGAUCAUUCUUUGUACUACUUUCCCGGCGCGAAAUCGUCUUUGGCAUCUCUCACGGUAUUUAAAUGUAAUUCUUAUGUGUCGUCUACGAUCCUGUACGGCUUGGCACAAUUUUGUCAUAAUAUUGAAGAUAUUGCAGUUGAAUUUUGCGAUAAAGAUCACGACGGCGUGAAUUCUCUGAUUCGAGUUCAAAAAGGAUUGAAGUAUUUUCAAUGCAGAGUUAUUAAUAAUAGCGAGGAGCAGCGUUGUCAAUUACUCGGUGUUGCGUUGAAAACACAGGCGCGUUCGUUGUUAAAACUUGAUCUCGGGAGACAUAGCUGUAUCCCACUAAAAAUUAUUACAGAUUUUACUAGCUUACGCUACCUAAGAUUUGGACUUUCAUCCGAGAUAUCCGAGAAUACCACCGAAUAUUUAAAAAGGGCUAGAAUACCAAAUCUGGAGACUCUAAUAGUGGACGGAGAUCCUGUCCGAUCAGACAUUCUAGAGCCUUUGAUAAUUAGCACUAAUAGAAACCUUCGAAAAUUACAUAUGAGCGGAUGGUGUCCGGAUGGCCUGGAUAAUCCAGGAUUUCUCUUGCCAGUUUUAAGUGAACAUUGUCCAAAGCUGAAAUUCCUUACAAUUUGGAUAGAUGAUGACGAUUUUGAGGAACUUGAGAUUUUGUUGGACAAAUGUCGUGAGCUAGAAGGUCUCUAUUUACGAUGUUCAAAUAUGCACUCGGAUGAGCCUGGCCUCUUUAAUAUUUUGAAGAGUGCUGAAAUACCCUAUUUAAACAAGUUGAAACUUGAAGACUGUUGGUUGGUAGAGAAAGGAGAUGCCUUUGAAGACUUCCUAAGGGUCCGGAAGAAAGGAAACGCGAAGCCAAUUUCUCUUGAGGUAGUUGGUUAUCUCAAUUCGGACAUGUAUUUGGAUAUUUUAUCAUUGUAUCGAUGGUAUGGAGUUUUAAAGGACACCAAAGUUUUGGUGUACGGGGAAGAUUCGGCACCAGAUGAAAUCGUCCCAUCGUGGAGAAUCGCUGCGAGGAUCUGA